UCCCCGAGCCCCGCCCCGCCCCGCCCCCCGGGGUCCCAGCCAGGGCCCCAGCGGAGGCAGAGGCGGCGCCUGCGCCUUGCCGCCCAAGAACCACCAGUGGUUCUCAACUCAGCUCCGAAGAUGGCCGACUAUGCUUUUGCGGGUACCAGUGGCAAUACAUCUUUGCGGGGUCUACGAGAACGCUUGGUUGCCGUGGCUCAAGAACUAGCCGAAGAACGGCGACGUAAACGUGGUAUUGAUUCUUCUGCAGUUACUACUAAGAGAUCGUCAUGUACACCUGUUUUAGAUGGCUCUGUCCUUAAAAAUGACAUCAAGCAGCAAUUAGCCAAAGAACGCAGAGAAGAACGGAAACGUCAGCAAGAGGCCAACAAGGAAAAACAACUGCUUGCGAAGGAACAAAAGGCUAAGCUGCAGUACGAAAAACAGUUGGAAGAAAGACACCGCAAACUGAAAGAACAAAAGGAAAAGGACGAGCGACGCCGAGUAUCUGCAGAAGAAAAAAGAAAACAGAAACAGGCGGAAGACAAAGAAAAAUUCAAGGCUGUCGUGUCUCGUACAAUGGAGCGAUGCAACCGUGCUGAUCAACGACAAAAGAGGUGGUCAUGGGAGGGCGGUGUGACCAACACUGACAAAUCUGGAAAAACAGACAGUAAACGAAGUUCCUCGCUGAAUAGAAAAGACAACCCAUUUCAUCCCAGUGUUGAUGUGGAACACGUGGACAGCACGCCUGGCAUGACCAAAUAUGUUUUCCGCUAUGUGACUGUACCAAUGUUUACUAGUGAUGAGCUAAAGUCUUCUGCAAUGUUCGGUAAAUCAUCAGUAAAAACACCAGUUCCAACAAACUUAGAAAUAACACCAACAAAGAAAGUAGAAACACCCCUCCAGGAAGAUGUGGAAAGACCAGCAAAGGUGACUGCAGAAACACCACCCAAGAUGAACACAGAAGGACCCUCUCAGGCAAACAUGGGUGGACCAUCUCAUGUGGGUGGACCAUCUCAUGUGGAAAUAGCUAAUCUGGACAUAUCACUCCAGAAUGUGGAAGACAUCUCUAAAGAUAAAGUGGGCGUUCCCUCCAAGUUGAAUAUUGAAGUACUCGAUGAUGGGAACUCAACAAAUUACCCUGAAUCAAAUGCUGAAGAAUUCCCCACAGUGAAUAUGGAUGCCUCUCCAAGUGUUGGACCAUCCCCCAUUGUGAGCAAGGAUUCAUCCCCUGUUCUGAGUACGGGAUCAUCCUCCUUUGCAAGUGUGGAAAUAUCUCCUGUUGUCAGCAUGGAUGCCUCACCUGAGGAGGGCAUAGACACCUCACCAGAAUUAAGUAUGGACUCAGCAAGUGCUGCGGCCUCAGAAGGGAAUAUAGAAACAUCUCUUAAGACCAGCAGGGAAUUAAACUUUGAGGCAAGUGUGGAAGCGCAGCCUGAGAUGAAUGUUGAAGCAUCACUCAAGAGCCUAGAAGUGGACAAACAAAACUUCUAUUUUACCAACAAGAAACAACUACCAUCCCAGAUACCAUGUUACAGAUGGCCAUCAUCUCCCACGCUUGGGUGGCGCCCACCCUCUCCCAUGAAGGCUGUCAGGCAGAAUCAAAAGAUCCGACCUCCAUCCCCUCUACCAGUCUCAUCAAGACUAUCAACGAAGACUUCUCUAUCAUAUAAAAUAACCCCAGUUCAGAAUAUCCUAUAUGUGCCAAACGCAUUAGGUAUGAUAACAAAGAAAAAAGAAACCAUCCAAAAGCGUAUGGUCAACACAGAAUCUGGUAAUAAAAGUGUGCCAAGCAGUGAAGCGGCCAUGAAAGUUUCAAUUGAGGUACACCAUGCUGCUUAUGAACAACAAGGCAAACAAGACAAAGAAAAAAUCCAGAAAGAGACAAAACAAAGUGUUGCAAGAAAAUCAGAAUGUAUGGCAGAGAGAAUGGAUGAAGUCCCAGCAGAAGAAUUCUCACCACACAAAGAUGAGCAACAAAAAGAUCUGACAAAGAGACGUUUUGAGCCAGCAGAAGACCAGAAAGAACAGCUACAGAAAGGGGACAAUGCCAUGAUGAAAUCUCAGGACAGUGCUGACAAGAGAAAGAUGGAACAGGAAAGAAUUAUGCUACAAAAUUUGCAAGAAAGAUUAGAAAGGAAAAAGAGGGUUGAGGAAAUAAUGAAGCGGACAAGGAAGACAGAUGUGAAUCCCUCCAAGGCUUCGGAAAUAGCCGAUAGAUCUGAAGAGGAUGAAGCUGAUGAUGAAGGUGAAACAGAAAGUGAUGAGGGCUCCCUUGAGAUACUUCCAUCAGGAAUGAAAGCACCAUUUACCAAAGUCAAAAAGUUUCACAAAAAUUCCAAGAGAAGGCCUCAAAAGCUAGUGUUUCUGCAAGCAGGAUCUGGUGAGAUUGAUGCCGAGAAGAAUAUAUAUUUUAAUGGAAACGUGAAAGCUGUCAAACAAAAUGACCCAAAUGACACUACAACUCAAGCAAAGGGCUCUAAGAUACCCACUAGAAAACCACCUGCCAGGACAUCGAGAAGCAGAAAAACAAGGGAAGCCAACUCCACCAUCCGUUCUUCUCUAAGUGUCACCACCAAUCAGGAGUGGGUUUGUGACAAAAUUGUAGAUCUUGGUCACACCACUGAAUCACCUGUCAAAAAGACCACUGCUGCUAGCAACAAACAAAAUUUGAAGGAUUCUGUGACAACUUGCCAAGGUGCUCAGGUCCCUUUGGACCACAAGAAACGAGGCAAACCUGUUUCUACUCCGUUGACGAAGGUUUUGUCUCACCUUCACAUUUCAGGGAGAGCAACUGAUCUCACAAAUCCCUUUGCUUGUGAAGGCUCCAAAAUGGCCUUUGGGGGAGAGGAAGAAGAUAGUGAUGUGUAAACCCUAUGGAGUCUUGGGGAUUAAUCAUCUUCUACU